AUGGAUACUACUAAUUCUAGCCGCUGGUCAGAGCUUCCUAUAGACAUCUUGAGAUCUCUCCUCGAACAAAAAGGUGGUUGUGCUAUAUACAACCCGGACGAAGCUAAAGAUUACAAAACAAAAAGAGACUCCUCAGGGAUUCGAUUCUUGGCAAACUCAGUUAACUGGUUCUUGGUGCUAGAUUCUCGUUCCAAUCUCUAUAUCAUAGAUGUGUUUAGCGAGAAAAAGAUCGAUCUUCCACCCCUAGAAUCAAUCAAGAAUGGCCUUUAUAGUCUUGAGCAAGUAGGAGACGAGAAGAAAAAAGAAUACAUUGUAGUGUGGUUUUUCGACAAAGGUACCGAAUAUAUAGCCUUUUGCAAGAACGGGGAAGAUCAUUACCGCGACAUUCCGAUACGAAAAAAUGUUUGUAAAGAGUUACAAGACUUAUAUGAUAUGUUACUCCAUGGUGGUAACAAUCUUUAUAUCUCAAAGACUCGUCAAUCUAUUCGGAAGCUUAGAUUUUUUGAAGAAGAAGGUUUCAUUGAUGUCGACAAUAGUGAGAUAUUACCAUUUCGUAAAAUCUCCUUUUACAUUGAUGGAGCAAGAUUUAGUAAUAACAUUGCCGUUACAACAUCAAGAGAGGUUUUGUUGGUUCAGAACUUCUUUUACGAGACAACAAGAUAUAGGAGCUUCCGUUUGUACAAGAAAGAUCCUAAUCCGGACUUGAAUGCUACUAUCAACAACCCCUACCCGAUGGUUGAGUUAUGUUCUCUAGGUGAUGUCUCUGCUUCUGGAUUUGGUGACCGGAAACGUUCUUGUCUGGACAUGUGUAUGUUCAAUCUUGUGACAAAGAAACUUAAACGAUUCCCGGAUCUUUCCAACUUAAAGCUCACGGAUGCUCGAUGUACUACGACAAGCAGUGGCAACAAUUGGAAAUUUUCGAUUAUUGUUUCCGAGGUCAUUGAUUCUAAAUUUUUGGAACUUCGAUUUGCAGAUCUUGAUUCUGAAUCUCAACAACAAACAAAACUGAAGUUCUCAAUGCUCAAGAGUGAAUUUGUAGAUAUGAAUAAGGAAGAUUCUCAAAUUGAGAUCAAUGAGAAAGAGACAAAAAUCAACCAAGAACAUGAUCAAAGUGAUGAAACUCAAGCUAAACGUAGGAGAAGUCUAACUUCUUCUGUUUGGCAAGAUCUUGUAUCAGUAGGGGGAGAAGCAAAUGUUAAAGAAAUAGAUAGAAGCAUGGAGACUCCUAAUUCUAGUCCCCCCUGGUCGGAGCUCCCUGGUGACAUAUUAAGAUCUGUGUUCGAACGUUUGAGUUUUGUUGAUUUCCAGCGCGCUAAGCAAACAUGUCCGAUUAAAAGAUCUAAGUCUAACUGUCUAAGGCUUUGGCUCAUAACAUUUGGUGGUCUUGAGAGACUUCCACACUUAUCUUCUGUUUGUUUCAUAUCAUGGACCUGA